AUGAACGCCCGCAAAGCGAACCCCAAGAUUGCUAGUCUCACGGAUGAUCAGUUGAGGCAGUUCAUUAUUCAGAUCAAGCAACGGCAGAUGGCCACUGCUAUGCAGAAGGAAAUGGCCAUGCGUCAAGCCCAAGCACAGGGUAACCAAGGACCUGGGGCUCAAAACGUUCCUAUGCCCACGGCUCAACAGCCACAAAUGCCACAGCCCGCUCCUCCCCCGGCAAACGUCACCCCCACGCCUGUUCAGGCGGUGCAGCCAGCCCCGCCAAAGCAACAGAGUGCGACUCCUGACCCGAAGGCUGUUGCCAACGCUGCGGCGGCGAAGAACAACCACCGUCCCACCGCGAACAACAGCCAACCGCAACCCCCUAACCCGUCACCGGCAACUCAGCAAAAGAGCCUCAAGCGUCCCAGCACCGACGAGCCUGCCGACGUUCCUCAAACGGCAACUCAGCAACCUCAGAGGCCUGCAGCUCUUCCCGGGCAGAUGCGGACCCUUCCAAACCUCACCCCCGAGCAGAUAGCGAGCAUGACACCCGAACAAAAGGCCAAGUACGAGGCCAUGAAGAGCCGCCAACAGGCCAUGCAGGCGGCGAACUCGGGCAUCGCUCCGACCGAGAAUGACUUUGACAAGCUUAGACGGAUUGGCCAGGAAGAGCAGAGGUUGAUGAUGACGGAACACAUGCCUGACAUACCCAUGACACCGGAGCAGCGCCAAGAGACAUGCGCCAAGCUAAUGAAGAUUGUGGUUGACAUGGGCAAGAUUGGAAAGGCCCUUGGCCGGUGGUACGCCGCGACGCGUGACGAUGCGCGCGCCAAGAGCUACUUCCGAGCUCGACUUCGCAUGAUCAGGCAAUUCACUGACGGCGAGGUUAUGACCAACCCUAAACCAGUCUUCAGUGUGAGGCCCGCUGAAAUCGACGAGGUCCGUCGGCUGCUCGAGAGUAUGGCGCGCGAUUGCGCCAACCUCGGCAAGAAGACCGCCGUGCCACCUCAGCAAGGCCAGCCUACAGCGCCGAACCAAGCCGGCGCUGGUCAAGGUGGCCAGCCACUUCCUUUGAGCAUGGCCAAUAUGGCCAACUUGGAGAAGCAGACACAGAACCUCAAUAACAAGAUGCACAACCGAUCCAACAGCAAGAGCGGCCCCCCGGCUGCACCGACAACGAGCCAGCCUCCUUUUCCCUUUGGCGCAAGCUCCCCGCACGGCGAAUCCAUCCACUUCUCGAAGCCCAAGGUCACCAAAGAUAACCUACAGCUUCCGGCGCGGAAGAAGGCCAAGGUUGGCACACAGCCGACUCCGCCGCAGCAACCGAAUCAGGCCACGCCCUCACCGCAGAUCAGCAAGUCCGGAUCGCCGGAGCUCAAGAGGCAGCCUAUGCCGGAGCCCAAGGCACCGCCCAAACCGAUGUUCUUGUGCCCGGAGACGGACUGCGAGAUGGCGACUACCGGGUUCCCUUCGGAACAGGCGCGCCAGACGCACAUCCAAGAAGAGCAUGUAAAGCCUCUGGAAGACCCGAUGAAGUACAUGCAAGAGAGCCUUGCCCAGUCUCUGGGACUGGACACGAACGGCCAGGUCAAGAUGGAGCCCCAGACGGCGCAGCCGAUGGGACAAACCCUCUCCAAGCAGGGACAGACACCGGCAAGCAACACCGGCGCGACGCCCAUGUCCCGGGAUGCUUCGAUGCAGCGCACAGGCAGCAAGAUGGGGGGCAAGGUACAGGACAACAAGCUCGCAGGGGGCAAGACGGAGAGCACGCCGAAGAUGGAGAACAAGCAGCCGGAAAUGGCUGCACCGGCAGCGCCGAUGGACGCCUGGGCGACGACAAUCGACCCGCAGAGCCUCUUCAACAACCUAGGCAAAUUCGAACUGGGUGCCAACGGCGUCAUCAGCGACAUGGGUGUCUACCGGUCCUUGACGCCAAACGACACACCCGAGUCAAGCAAGGACAGCGGAUCUUCCGAGCCCAACAGCGACAUUUCGGAAGGUGUUCAUCUGGACAUCGACCUCAACUGGCAGCCUGUUGACAUGGACCUGCUCCUCGACAUGAACAACAUCAACAUGGACGGUUUGGAAGGGCUCCAAGACGGCGGAACCGAGUUUGAGGGCCUGAUGCUUGAGGAAGCGAUGCCGAUGGAGCAGUUUCCUAACUGGGACGAAGUGACGAACGACUUCAACAAACCCUUCCAGUUCGACAACAGCAUGUACUCGCUGGACGUGUCCUCGUCGAUAUGA